GGCUGCACCAGUUUGGUAUCAGAGCAACCGUAUGAGCCAAAGUUUGUCGAUGAAGGAAAGCUUGAAAACUCUUGUUAGCUCUGAUUACAUGAGGGAGUUUCGUGGGUCGUUUGCCAAAAGCAUAUAACUGUUCAUAAGGAACCCUUUAGAGAAGAAAUCUUCACGAUCAAUCAACCAUAAACUUCAUUGUGACAGAGAUUCGAGAGCCGUAAUGAGUGUUCGUCGGCACUGGAUUUCUUCAACUACUCCAUAUUUAUGUUAUAAUGUUUGUGUUGAACUGGGAUUCUGAAUUUCAUAUAGGGGUUUCAUGUUUGGCGAUUUAUCUUGCGAGGAUGCGCACCAUGUGUUCGAUAAAAUGCCUCAGUUAGCAGCUUGGUAUCUUAGUUCUUCAUGUGCUUUUUUGACUGAUUUUCUUCCAGCAUUGACAUGUUUAUGGGGUCAUUGAACCCAGUUUUACUUCAGGAAUUUUAGUUUUGUUACGAGAGAUUUCAUCAUUCAUGUUGGUUGGAAAUAACUGAAGUGAUUGAGGUAUGCAAAAAUGCAAUUUGGGGGUAUUCUAAGAUUUUGUUGGAUCAACAUGAGGAGCUUUUCAGUUUCGCGAAGUGUAAAUGCUUGCAGAGUCGAUACAUCCUUUGUUUCAGAGAUUGGAGAAUGUGUUCAGAGUUCUAAAAACUAUUCAGCUCUCGCCUUUACUGAUGAUGAAAUUGGCAAGGGAACGGAGAAAAGGAAACUGGCCAUGAACCUGGCCUCGCUUGUCGAAGAAUCUCUUGAUGUUGAUAUGAAAACAUCUAAGACUCAAAUGGAGCUCGAGAGAUCCCUUGAAAAGGGAACGGAGAAAAGGAAACUGGCCAUGAACCUGGCCUCGCUUGUCGAAGAAUCUAUUGAUGUUGAUAUGAAAACAUCUAAGACUCGAAUGGAACUCGAGAGAUCCCUUGGAAAGGGAAUGGAGAAAAGUAAACUGGCCAUGAACUUGGCCUCACUUGUUGAAGAAUCUCUUGAUGUUGAUACGAAAACAUCGAAGACUCGAAUGGAACUCAAGAGAUCCCUUGAAAUUCAGAUUAAGAAGAGGGUGAAGGCGCAAUAUGUGAAUGGGAAGUUCUUGGACUUGAUGGAGAAAGUGGUUGCCUGCCCGAAAACUCUUCAAAACGCAUACGACUGUGUUAGAAUUAACUCAAAUGUUGAUGUAACGUCGAAUGAUCAUUUAAUCUCAUUCGAACCUAUGUCUGAAGAGCUUCGUAAUGGUAAUUUUGAUAUCAAGGCCAAUACUUUCUCCAUAUCAAGUUCAAGAAAAGAAGUAGUCAUUCUACCAAAUCUAAAGUUGAAGGUUCUUCAGGAGGCCAUUAGGAUAGUUUUGGAGUGUGUUUUUAGGCCACAUUUUUCCAAGAUAUCUCACGGCUGUCGAAGUGGAAGAGGACACUCAACAGCAUUAAAGUACAUCAAAAAAGAGAUCAACAAUCCUGAUUGGUGGUUCACAGUCAACUUAAGCAAAAAGAUGGACGAACUUAUGAUGGCUAAACUCAUUACAGUAAUGGAGGACAAGAUAGAAGAUCCCAAUUUAUUUGCUUUCAUUAGAACUAUAUUCGAUGCUGGAGCACUGAAUUUGGAGUUCGGGGAUUUCCCGAAAGGUCACGGUCUUCCACAAGAGGGCGUUCUGUCUCCUAUAUUAAUGAACAUCUAUCUAAACCUCUUUGACCAAGAAUUCUUUAGAUUAUCUAUGAAAUAUGAAGCUAUCAAUGAAUAUAGUAAUGCAGGUCAAGGUGGAUCGCAAUCAAAGCUGCGGAGCUGGAUUAGAAGACAAUUGAAAGGAAAUGAUUCCGAAUAUCCAGGCGACGAGAAAGAUAACAUAAGAGUAUACUGUUGUCGCUGUAUGGACGAAAUCUUUUUGGCUAUAUCAGGUUCUAAAGAUGUUGCUCUGAGGUUUAGAUCUGAGAUUUUAGAUUUCUUACAGAAUUCUUUGCAUUUGAAUGUUCAUCAUCAAGAGGAAAUGGUAUCGUGUCGAGCGACUCACGGAAUUCGUUUUCUUGGUUGUUUGGUUAGAAGAAGUGAGCAGGAAAGUCCUGCUGUAAAAGCUGUUCAUAAGAUGAAAGAAAAGGUUGAGCUAUUUGCUAUACAAAAGCAGGAGGCUUGGAAUGCUUGGACAGUGUGGUUGGGGAAGAAAUGGCUCGCUCAUGGCUUGAAGAAGGUGAAAGAGUCAGAGAUUAAGCAUUUAGCUGAACAGAGCCCUUCUUUGAAUCAAAUUUCGAGUUUUCGUAAAGCCGGGAUGGAAACCGAUCAUUGGUACAAGGCUUUACUAAAAAUUUGGUUGCAAAAUAUAAACGCAAGAGCUGCAGAGAGUGAAGAAACAAUCUUAUCUAAGCAUGUAGUGGAACCUUCUCUUCCUCAGGAACUUAGAGACUCCUUUUAUGAAUUCCAACGGUGUGUGGAAGAAUAUGUUUCUUCUGAGACAGCUUCUACUAUUGCUCUUUUACCAAAUUAUGAUCCUUCUGUCAAACCGACUUUCGUAACUGAGAUUAUAGCUCCGGUCAAUUCCAUUGGAAAACGACUACGGCGAUAUCGGCUACUCACGAAUAAAGGGUAUCCAUGCCCCUCUCCUUUCCUCAUCUUACAAGAUGACACUCAAAUUAUUGACUGGUUUUUCGGAGUAUCUCGUCGUUGGUUUAGAUGGUACACCAAUUGUUCUAACUUCAGUGAGUUGAUCUUAAUUUGUGAUCAAGUUAGGCAAUCUUGUAUCCGAACACUAGCAGCGAAGCAUCGAAUACACGAAAGUGUCAUAGAAAAGAAGUUUGAGUCAGAGCUGAGUAAGAUUUACUCCACCCCUGAUAUAGAACAAGAAGAAGAGAAGAAAUCACCAGAUACCAAUGGUUUAGACAAUGAUGAGGCAUUGAUGUAUGGAAUUUCAUACAGUGGUUUGUGUUUGCUAUCUCUUGCUAGAAUGGUUAGCCAAUCUCGUCCUUGUAAUUGUUUUGUCAUGGGGUGUUUGAGUCCUGCACCAAGUGUUUAUACUCUUCAUGUCAUGGAGAGACAAAAGUUUCCGGGAUGGAAGACUGGAUUCUCGAGCUCCAUCCACCCGAGCUUGAACAGACGACGAUUUGGGUUAUGCGAGAAACAUUUGAAGGACUUGUAUCUGGGUCACAUUUCAUUGCAAUCGGUUGACUUUGGUGCAUGGAAGGUUAUGAACUAUUGAUCUCCACAAUGGUAUGAUAUUGUCCACUUUGAGCAUAA